AUGCGUCGUGGACUAAUACUCUCAUUUUCCUCGCUAUGUCUCUAUGUAGCCCAUAAGGAAGCGUUGGAACUGUCAGCGGAGUACCUACGACUGUUUACGAUCGAGGCAUUGCAUCGGACAGCAGCAUACCAGCGGGAACAGGAGGACGAAGAAUUGAGGAACGAGGAAACGUUGAUUGAGCUCGAUUCCUUGGAGGCCAUCACACCACAGCUGGUCAUGGACUUUUGA